AUGAAGCCCGUCAUCAUUUCUUUAUUCCUCUCAUCUCUCUGUUUCCUCUCUUGUUCGUCACAAAGUGUUUUCGCCAAUGAAAGCAACGCCACUGGGACCAACCUAAUUGAAACCGCUUGCCAGCAUGCGGGUCAGAGAGAUCUAUGUGUGACGACCCUUGAGGCGGAUCCAAAUACCCAUGAUGCUGAUAUGCUAGGCCUAGCUUUGAUCGCACUUAGGCUCGCAUCCUCUAAUGCAUCCGACAUCUCCGAGCACGCCAAGCUUUUAUUCAAGGACACCACUUUGGAACCCACCAUUCAGGACGGCUACGGAGAAUGCUUGGACCAUUAUUUGGACGCUGCCGAACAGCUUGACGACUCCAUCGCCGCGCUGUUGACGAAAGCUUAUAAGGAUGUAGAAGUUUGGGUUAAAGUUGCAAUCAGUGAUGCUGAUCAAUGUGAAUCUGCGUUGAAAGGCAAAGAGCCGGCGAUGGUUGAGAAAAAUCAAAUAUUUCGCCAGUUAUGCAACAAUGUUUUGGCAAUUGUCAAGGUCUUAGCUGAAAAGUGA